UGAGUAAGUCAGAAACGUAUAUUAGCAGUAACAUAGCCACAAGUCGUAUAAAUUAUUCCGUUUUGAUAACCGGUUGUCACAACAGAAUAGACUGUAGCUCCGCAACGACAUGAAGUUGGUUAGUGUUGUUUUGCUUGUUUGCGCAAUCGCAAUGGCGGCCGCCGCUCCAUCCAAUUCGCGCGAGUACGAUCUGAAUGACGCACCCGUAUUAUUCGAACAGUUCAUCAAAGACUACGAGAGAGUGUAUAAAGAUGACGAAGACAGAAAACAGCACUAUGAAGCGUUUGUCAAAAGUCUUCACACUAUAAACGAGUCGAACAGAAUGAAUCCUUCGGCAACUUAUGGGAUCAAUAAAUUCGCCGAUUACACAGAUGAGGAGAAAAAGAAUAUGUUCGCUCCAACAAAUAAAUAGAAACAAAUGACAAAGUUUGAUAAUGAAAACAAUAACACAUUAUUGCAUUCAUUCCAAUCCGCAUUAUAAAUUAUUUACAAACU